AUGACUUUUCCACAGAUAAUAGGCAAACAUGGUCCGAUGGCUAAGCGUCUCUGUAACAAAGACCCAUUUACGGCGACUCAUCUACCAACUUUGGUUCGAAUGUUCCCGAAUGCCAAGCACAUUUUGAUGAUCCGCGACGCUCGUGCAACGAUACAUUCAAUGAUUGACCGACAUGUGCCGGUGGUGGGAUUCAACCGCAGCAAUCCUGAGAGCAUGUUCAAGUCUUGGAAUGUCUUGAUCAGAGAGAUGGUGAAUGCCUGCUCCAGUAUAAAAGGACUGUGCCUCAAG